AUGCAUGUUGUUGGGGAAGAGGGGAAGCUCAAGCGAAAAAAAAAAUCACUCAUCCUCGUACACAUCAUGAUGGGCAUUCAAAGAGUCCUCACGAAAAAACAGCCGGCGAAAAUGCCACCAAUUGCGCCCACGGCAAUGUGUACCAUCCCCAUGGGCCAUCGUGGUCAUCUAGGACAGGAGCAGGAGGCCAAGCUUCGUGCUCUCUGGGCCAUUGGCUUCAAGUUUAUCGACAUUUGUGAGGGCAACGAUAAAGACUCGUCUUACAAGACACUAGAGGAGAAAUAUGUACCCCCUGCGAAGCAAGCCUGCAACAUUGGCAAACACAAGACCAAGACGAGCCAUACACAUGAUAAGUAUCCCAUGCUGGUGGAUGAGCUGCUUGCCAUUCUCCCGACAGAAGAGCGCAACCCCAAGAAGCUGGCCAAGAAGGCUGUUGAGGCGUUAGACAACUGGACGCCAGACAUGUACCACUUGCUUAUUGAGCACUGCGUGCGCUACGAACAUCCCGAUGCACUCGCACUUCGCUUCCUCCGUGCCUGUGACUGGGACAUCAUUGCAGCCACUACCAUGUUGGGCAAGUCUAUCUACUGGCGCACCAUGGAGGCUGUGGUGGAAGAUGAUAUCCUCAAGCGAGGAGAGGGCGGUGCCUCAGAGGACGAAAAGAAUGGCCAGGGUGUCGCCAGACAUCAUGGUACUGAGUUCCUCAACCAGCUUCGAACAGGCAAGGCCUUUAUCCACGGCACCGAUCUUAAAGGCCGUCCCAUUGUACACAUUCGAGUCCGUACACACCAUGCUUCAGACCAGACUCCCGAAACUCUUGAGCGAUUUGCCAUUUACGUGUUUGAGAUGGCCCGCCUCGCUCUGCGCAGCCCUGUCGAGACUGGUACUAUCCUCAUCGAUAUGAGUGGCCUCCGCCCUGGAAACAUUGAUCUGUCACCCCUCAAAAUCAUCAUCAAGUGCAUUGAGGAAAACUACCCCGAGUCCAUUGGCCUCAUCCUCGUGCACAAUGCCCCCUUUGGAACCAGAGCCCUCUGGAAGAUGAUCAAGUCCUGGGUCAACCCGUACCUUGCCUCCAAAUUUAAGUUCACAUCCAGCGCCAAGAAGCUGCAGAAAUACAUUGCCGCCGACCAAAUCAUCAAAGAGCUCGGCGGCAAAUCAGACUGGGAGUACAGUUAUGAUGAGCCCCAUCCAGCCGAGAACAUCCUCAUGGAAGACACCGCAACGCGUGAGCGCAUCCUUGAGCACCGACGCUUCUUAGUUUCUCAGUUUGAAAACACCACGAGAGAAUGGAUCAUGACUGCGCAGCGCAGCGACCGCGCCUUUUCGGUCUCGAUGCGCCGCGACGCCAUUGCCCAGGAUCUCAUCGCCAACUACUGGAAUCUCGAUCCCUAUGUGCGCGCCCGCUCCAUAUACGAUCGCCAGGGCUACUUCCGCGGUGCCGAUGGCGUCAAGUGGACUCCAGACACCAUGGAGAUGGAGUGGAUGGGCGUUGUGAAGCGCAUGGACAGUGUUGGCACGGCGAGUGCUAGUAACGUGGACGAUCCGGCUGACGACUCGUCCGUGUACUCGUACGACACGGAUUAAAGGGUUUCGAUUACUUUGGGAGUUUUUGCGCGGGACUGGGAAACAUGAUUAAUUAUGUUACGUAUUUUAUGCUUUAUGACGUGUACAGCAUCGUCGCCCAAAGGAGAGGGUUUGCGAGUCGGAGCUGGGCUGGCUUGCUGGUGAGGAGGUGGCGGUGAUGGUGUGCAUAAAUACCCCUUUGCUUUACGUGUACGAUUGAAUAGCUAGCCAC